AGUUGCUCCGCUACUCUUCAUCCUCGCUAUUGUCGUCCUGUGAUCGCUCGUCUCCCGGGUUCGUGCAGUAUCGGCUUGAGAUUGAUCACCAAAGUCUAUCUUGCGUCUUUAUCUUCGACACCCCCUCACACCUUCCACGAGAUAUGCGAGGCGAACAGCACCAACUGUGACGGAAGCGGUCCUGGGACGGGAUCUGUUUAGCCCCUCCAUUCAACAGCUCUGAAGCGUAUCUUAGCCCCGCAGUCGACUCGAUUCAGCCAGAAGUGUUUUUUACCGCCUGACUCAGCCUGAUCGCCCUACAUAGCUCCUCGAGAUUAAUCAAAAAUAGACUCUCUGGACAAAGUGGUUGACGCGGUUGAUCCCGGCGAUCGAUCGGUGCAGACAAAAUGGCGAUGAAUUUCGUGACAUUCAACCAGGACUAUAGCUACCUGGCUGUCGCGACUUCUAAGGGGUUCCGAAUUUUCACCACGGACCCUUUUGCGAAAAGCUAUGAGACGAAGGAAGGGAACAUCGCCAUUAUUGAGAUGCUCUUUUCGACAUCCCUGGUUGCGCUGAUCCUGUCACCGCGUCGCCUUCAAAUCACUAAUACCAAGCGCCAAUCAACGAUAUGCGAGUUGACAUUCCCUACCACCGUGCUGGCGGUCAAGCUGAAUCGCAAACGACUGGUGAUCGUCUUAGAGGACCAGAUCUACCUCUAUGAUAUCCAAACGAUGAAACUGUUGUAUACCAUCGAGACCUCCCCGAAUCCGAACGCGAUCUGCGCUCUAUCGCCAUCAUCUGAUAACUGCUACCUCGCAUAUCCUCUGCCUCAGAAAGCACCGCCCUCGUCAUUCACCCCACCUGCUCAUGCGCCUCCCGGGACCACACAUGUUUCACCUACUAGUGGUGAGGUUCUGAUAUUCGACACCUUGAAGUUGGAGGCCAUCAAUGUCAUCGAGGCGCAUCGGUCUCCACUGGCGUGCAUCACACUGAACAGUGAUGGCACAUUGAUAGCAACCGCUUCUGACAAAGGAACGAUAAUCCGUGUGUUCUCUGUCCCCGAUGGCCACAAAUUAUACCAAUUCCGCCGCGGAUCGAUACCGUCUAGGAUCUACAGCAUGUCAUUCAAUACCACGUCGACGCUUCUCUGCGUUUCUUCCUCCACUGAGACUAUUCAUCUCUUCAAAUUGAGCCAGCCAUCUCAGCCAUCGAACACCAGUCCUUUGUCGUCUUCGCCCACUGCUGUCGAUAGGAGGUAUAGCCAAAGCUCCUACGGUCAAUCCUCAGACCCAGACGAUGUUGGCGGGGAGCCAGGCCCCUCUGAGCUCGCGUCCAGGAAACACAAUGGAACCCUAAUGGGGAUCAUCCGGCGCACUUCGCAAAAUGUUGGUAGUUCCUUCGCCGCGAAGGUUGGAGGAUACCUUCCCAAAGGCGUCAGCGAGAUGUGGGAGCCCGCUCGAGACUUCGCGUGGAUCAAACUGCCCAAAUCUAGUCAGAGCCCCGGCGCCAAUGGCAGCAACGGCCCGCUUCGCAGCGUCGUUGCGAUGAGUACCAACACGCCGCAAGUGAUGGUAGUGACCAGCGACGGGAAUUUCUAUGUUUUCAGUAUCGAUCUUUCCAAGGGAGGUGAGGGGACGCUGACCAAGCAAUACUCUGUCCUCGAUGCCAAUGACCGAUUAGGAUACUCGGUAAUGGAUUAUUGACCUUUGUCUUAAGAUACCACUCAUUUUCAUCUUUGCCCUUGCGGUUUUGUCAAAUCUAGUCAGUCGCUUGGAAGCCAGUCGCAUUUGUCCUUUCUUUGAGCGUCUGCAUUUUACCUUCUUUUGUGAUGUUCGUGUUUCGUGUGAAGCUGUGUACGUACACGAGCACUGUCUUUUCGACCAGGUACUUAAUCAGCUUCUUUUCUUCAAUGGGUGCCGAGGAGUUUUCAUAUAUGUCACUUUAGCUAUCCUUGUCCUGUUUUUCUUUGACUUUCUGGAGCUUUGGGAAGGUGCGCGCAGAGAAGCUCUCCUCUGCUCGAGAGAAAUGAAAACUCUUAGCGAGAGACCUGCGGAAUUCAUACUCGUUCGAGAUUGACAAGUGUUAACAACACUUCUCUUCCUAGAGACUUUCGUUGCUCUCCACUCAAUGUAUGCUCCUAAG